CAAGAUGAUGAGCAGAGAAGCAACUGUGAUAGCUCUGCUCCUGCUUCUUUGUGCAGCUGCUCAAGGAUUCCUUUUAAGGAGAGCAGGACGUUGUCAUUGUCCAAGAGCGACAACAGCCUCCAUUCCUUUGCAGUACAUCAAGGACAUCAAAUUUAUCUCCAGGGGCCCUCACUGCUUCAAAGAACAAGUGAUUGCAGUUUUAACAACUGGAGGUGAAGUCUGCAUAAAGCCUCAUGCAAACUGGUUGAAAAAAAUUGAAAGAAGUGAUGGACCAGAAUUAGGCUGUCAUGCGAUGAUGGCAAAUGGAGACCAAGCAUCACCUUCGGGCGUGGGGAAUAUCGAUGUUCUCGCAAUUCUCGAAUGCUUCAUUUUAAUUGGCUUGAGCAUUUCCAUUGAUAGAGGCAUCCAGAGCCAAGUACAGGCUGAAGAAAGUAAACAAUAA